CACAGAUUCUCCCAAAAUUCGCAUUUCCAUCUCUAAACCCCUCUCUCUUUGCCCUAAUUUGAUCGGAAAAGAACCCUAACCCUAACAUCUGUAACUGAAAAUCUUCACUCGGAUCAGCAAAAAUGGUGUUGGCACAGUUAGGCGGGAGCAUAUCCCGAGCCAUACAGCAGAUGAGCAAUGCGACCAUCAUCGACGAGAAGGUCCUUAAUGAUUGUUUAAACGAGAUCACGCGAGCUCUCCUGCAAUCCGAUGUGCAAUUCAAGCUCGUACGUGACAUGCAGACCAAUAUCAAGAAGAUCGUCAAUCUCGACGACCUCGCCGCCGGUCACAACAAGCGCAAAAUUAUCCAGCAGGCCAUAUUUAAUGAGCUCUGUAAAAUGUUGGAUCCUGGGAAGCCUUCUUUCACUCCAAAGAAAGGGAAACCAAGUGUUAUAAUGUUUGUAGGUUUACAAGGGUCUGGGAAAACCACAACAUGUACAAAGUAUGCAUAUUAUCAUCAGAAGAAGGGUUGGAAACCAGCUCUAGUCUGUGCUGAUACAUUCAGAGCUGGUGCUUUUGAUCAGCUGAAGCAGAAUGCAACCAAAGCAAAGAUUCCAUUCUAUGGAAGCUAUACAGAGUCAGAUCCUGUGAGAAUUGCUGUAGAAGGUGUGGAGACAUUCAAGAAGGAGAAUUGUGAUCUCAUUAUUGUUGAUACUAGUGGGCGCCAUAAACAGGAAGCUGCUCUUUUUGAAGAAAUGCGUCAAGUUUCUGAAGCAACGAAACCAGAUCUUGUUAUAUUUGUUAUGGACAGCAGUAUUGGUCAAGCUGCAUUUGAUCAGGCCCAAGCAUUCAAGCAAAGUGUUUCAGUUGGAGCUGUAAUUGUUACUAAAAUGGAUGGUCAUGCAAAGGGUGGUGGUGCUCUUAGUGCUGUUGCUGCGACAAAGAGUCCUGUAAUAUUUAUCGGUACUGGAGAACAUAUGGAUGAGUUUGAAGUAUUUGAUGUCAAACCAUUUGUCAGCCGUCUUUUAGGCAUGGGUGACUGGUCUGGAUUUAUGGACAAAAUUCAUGAAGUUGUUCCAAUGGAUCAACAGCCUGAGCUUCUGCAGAAGCUUUCAGAAGGGAACUUUACAUUGAGGAUUAUGUAUGAGCAGUUUCAGAACAUACUUAAAAUGGGUCCCAUUGGUCAGGUUUUCUCUAUGCUUCCAGGAUUUAGUGCUGAAUUAAUGCCGAAAGGUCGUGAAAAGGAAAGCCAGGCAAAGAUCAAGCGUUACAUGACCAUGAUGGAUUCAAUGACAAAUGAAGAAUUGGAUAGUUCAAAUCCUAAGCUCAUGAAUGAUUCCCGAAUUAUGCGGAUAGCCCGAGGAUCUGGUCGCCAAGUAAGAGAAGUAAUGGAGAUGAUGGAAGAGUACAAGCGACUUGCCAAGAUAUGGAGCAAAAUGAAGGGUCUUAAGAUUCCUAAGAAGGGCGAGAUGAGUGCUUUGUCCCGAAAUAUGAAUGCUCAACACAUGAGCAAAGUCCUGCCCCAACAGAUGUUGAAACAGAUUGGUGGAGUGGGCGGUUUACAGAGCUUGAUGAAGCAAAUGGGUUCCGCGAAAGAUAUGAUGGGCAUGUUUGGUGGUGGCGACAACUAGAGUAAAUGACUACAACUCCAGUGGUGAGAGCUUGAGUACAGUUCCAACAGCAACUGGUAAGGAUUUGCCUGGUGAGAAGGCAUACAAGCAUCCAUGCGCCCGAGUCAUUGAUUUUUGCUACUUAACUGAUUUUCCAGUAAUUUACAUUUCCUUGGGGGGUCAGUGUUUUUGUUUUAGAUAUGUUUUCCCCCUUUUUGUAUGUAAUUUAGUUGGAAAAGAAAAGUGGGUAAAAACAGAUUCAUGAGGAUGAGAAUUUGUAAUUUUUUCAGAUCAAUAAACAUGUAUUUUAUAUCUUAAUUUAAUGUUUUAUUCUG